UUAGUAAACACAUUUUAAAAGUUUCACAAUAAGCAAAAAAUCAUUAAUUAAACAUCAAAAUGAGCUUUAUUGAGCCUAGAAAGAUGGUAAAUGAAGGAGAUACAGUUCUCUUGUAUAUAUCCAUCAAUAACAUGCAUCCAAUCAAAGUAACUCCAAAUAUUAUCAACAAAAACGGCGAAACUAUUGAGUAUACACAUCAGACAACAUUCGGAGCUAUAAAAGUGAAAAGCCUAAUUGGACAUGAAUAUGGCACUAAAGUGCAAUUAACAAAAGGAUAUGCGUACAUCUUACAAAUGAAUACUGAUUUAUGGACAUUAAAUCUUCCUCAUAGAACACAAAUCCUAUAUACUCCAGAUAUUUCGAUGAUUCUCAUGCAAUUAGAAAUCAAUCCAUCAAGUGUUGUUAUUGAGGCAGGAACAGGAUCCGGUUCACUUUCACAUUACUUUUUGAGGGCAAUAAGCAGUAAAGGACAUUUGUAUACAUUUGAUUUCCAUGAGAAUCGAGUUAUUCAGGCUAGAGAGGAAUUUAAUGAACAUGGAUAUGGAAGGUUCGUAACAGUGCAACAAAGAGACGUUUGUGCUAAUGGAUUUACCGAAGAAUUGAAUGGAAAAGCCGAUGCUGUAUUUUUAGAUCUUCCAGCACCAUAUAAAGCUAUUGAGCAUGUGACGAAAGCUUUAAAAUCAACUGGAGGUCGAUUCUGUUCAUUUUCACCAUGUAUUGAACAAGUUCAACAUACAUGUAUCGAGUUAGAAAAGCACGGAUUCCUCGAGAUUCAAACGAUUGAAAUUCUUCAGACAGAGCAUAUAGUCAAAGAAAAGCAUAUACCGAUAAUUGAUUUAUCUUUUGUGAAAACAAAACGUGAUGAAAAUGAAGAGAAAGUAAUUAAAACGAAUGAGAAGAAGCCUCAGCUGCCAACAAGAAAAGUACUAACAACACUCAAUACUCCAAUUCAGCCAGGACAUACUGGAUAUUUGACAUUUGCAACAUUCUUAAAAGUAUAAAAAUAACGAAUAAAAUAUUUUUGAAUUUUCGCACAAAAACGACAAAUUUCUCGCAUGGAAGUUAUAAGCCAGUGUACAUGAAAGGAAAUAAAUAAAAUUUAAAAAAAAAAUCAAUUUAACUAGUUAAUUGUUGAUGAAACAAAUGAAAAAUAUUCUCAGUGUCAUCGGAAGUGACAUAAGUCAGUAAUCGUGGCGUUUGUUAGCGAUAAUUCGAGUUUUGAGAGCUAUUUCCUGCAAAAAAUGAUGCAAGGAAUACCACAAAAGGAUAAAGACGAUCCUGUCGUCUUACCAGUUGGUGCCCAAGUCAGUGCUAAGUAUAAAGGAGCAUUUUGUGAGGCAAAAGUUCAUACGGUUGUGAAAAACAUUAAAGUAAAGGUAGCGUAUAAGAAAGGUGGAACUUCUACUGUAUCUGAUGAUCAAAUUAUUGGUGAAGUUCGUGUUGGAUGUAUAGUGGAGAUAAAGGAUGGUGAUAAAAAGGAUAAUUUCGAGGCGACAAUAACUAAAAUUCAAGAUUGCUCACAAUAUACUGUUGUUUUUGAUGACGGUGAUAUAGCAACGCUUAGAAGAACAGCUUUAUGUCGUCAGUCUGGUAAGCAUUUUAAUGCUUGUGAUACACUCGAUCAGCUUCCAUUAACGCAUCCAGAACAUCGAGGAGGUGGAAAGAGAACAAAAACCCAAGAUGAAUAUGAGUCAGAUGAUGAGGAAUAUGCUAUAGGAAAAGUUGUUUGUGUCGAAAAUACAGAUACUAAAAAGAAAAAUGCAAAAGAAAGCUAUUUUCCGGCCUUAGUUGUAGCACCAAAAGCUCAAGAAAAUGUCAAAAUUCAUAUUAAAACCCAAUAUCUUGUUAGAUCAUUCAAGGAUGGACGCUACUAUACUGUACCAAAAAAGGAAGUUACUGAAUUCACAAACGACACUGCUCAAAAGUCUGAUCAUGUUGCCGUAAGUGCUGCUCGUGAAUUUCUCGAUAAAAACGUCCUUCCAACUCAUUGGGAUCGUGAAGUUUUGAUUGAUUCAGCAAGUCUCAGUGAACAAGAACUCUCAGAUAGUUCUGAUGAUGAGCCAAACGAAGUCAAAGAUAGAUUCUUUGCACAACUCUUGGAGUUUAUGGAAAAGAGAAAUUCACCGCUUAAUAAAGGUCCAAGCAUUACAAAUCGCGAUGUUGAUCUUUAUCGUCUCUAUUAUUCUGUUGAAAAAUUGGGUGGAUAUGCUAAUGUCACGAAAAUACGUAAUUGGAAGGCAAUUGCAAAGCGUUUAGGAUUCACACCAACUGAUGCAAUCGUUAAGCUUGUCAAGCAUUCUUAUAGGAAGUUUUUGCUCGCAUUUGAAGAAGCUGUGUCUAAAGGCAUUGAAGAACUGCCACCGCGCAUUAAUCGUGAAAAGGCUAGAAGCAGCUCAACUCGAUCUGGAUCAGUUGCAUCUCCAAAAGUCGUCGAGAACGUGAAACAGCUAAAAAAGAUUGAAAAGCCAACAACCAGCAGUGCUGCAGAUGAUUCUGAGAACACGAGUGAGUCAACAAAAGUUUCAACAUCUCGAAAAUUAUCAACUACAAGUACAAAAUCGAAAGCUACGAGUGAAAAAGCUGAAGAAGUGAUUAAAAUUAAUCCAAAAGAAAAAGAAAUUAAAAUUAAUCCCAAGGAGAAAGAGAAGGAUGAUAAGGAAAUUGUCAAAGAAGUUAUCAAAGAAGUUAUUAAGGAAGUAGAGAUUGAAAUUAAAGAGAAAGAAAUUAUUAAGGAGAUAAUCGUAAAGGAGAAAGAAAAAUCGCUGUCAAUAUCAUCAAAAGACGAUGAAAUAUCUCCAGCUGCAACGCCUUCGUCUAAGAAAAAAGAGCCAAAGAAAAAACUUCCAGAGCCGAAAAAAAAGAAGGAAGAGACAAUUGAGAAAAAGGAAAUAGUUGCAGCAAAACCACAGGUUGCCUCUGGUCCAAGUAUUGCUGAAAAUGUUCCAAUUGAGAUUGAUGAUCGAUUAAAAGUUUAUUAUCGUGGCUCAUCCGAUUAUGAAGCAAAAGUUUUGGACAUUCAGCAUCAAGAUGGAAAGACUUUAUAUAAAGUUCAUUAUAAGGGCUGGAAUGCGCGAUAUGAUGAAUGGAUUCAACGUGAAAGUAUUGCUGAAAAUUUGACAAAAGAAGAAGGAGGCAAGAAAAAGCAAUCGAGUAACAAUAAUACUAAAGAUAAUAAUAAUCCAAAAACUCCAAGCACAUCAAGUACAAAUUUACAGACACCAACAAGUAAAAAUGCAUCAAAACGUGCUCGAAAUCGAGCUGAUACUACAGCAUCAUCACGUUCAACGACGCCUUUAUCAAAUACAUCAAGUAAAACAAAAGUUGCUCAAAAACGACCAAUUCGAGGAACUCCAACAAGCAAAAGUUCGACUAAAGGAUCAAUUAUUGAUGAUAAUUCAAGUGAAUCGGAUGAACCAAUUAAAAAGCCAGUCGAUAAGAAGGAUAAAGGUGAUGAUAAAAACUCAAGCAUUCAAAAAUCAUCAUCAGAUUCUACAGUAACGGAAUCAGCAGGUAAAGAAGGUAAAGGAAAAGAAAAUAAGCAGAAUGACAAGACACAACCUGAUACAUCAAAAUCAGACGAUGAAAAAUCAACAAAAUCAUCAAUCAAGUCUGGAAAGUCACCAUUUGAGGCAAAAGGAAAGCUUAAAACAGUUCAAAGAGAUUCAAGUCGUUCAUCAUUUCAUUCUACAGACAGUGACUCAUCACAUUCAGUUCCAAGUGACGUUCCAAAUAGUUCAAAGAGUGCAUACACAAGUGAAAAUGAAUCAAAUGAUCCAGAAAAGAUUCCCCUAUCAAAUCCUGUUAAUGUACCAAAAAUUGACAUAAAAAAGACUUUUAAAUUUGACGAGGAUGCAAAUGAGGCAAAGCCAGUACAGCCAACAACUUCAUUUUUUGAAAAAGUGACUGAAAAACAGCCAGUUGAAAGUAAGCCAGUUGAAAUUUCAACAAUAUUUCCAACAAAAAAGCCAAAUAUAUUCCAAGAAAAGAAAUUGGCUCAAAGAGCAGCGGCAGCAGCAUCACAAAUUCCAGAAUCAGCACCUCCUACGACACCAGGAAAGAUUGGACGAUUCAGUCAGUUAGAAAAAACAUUAACAAAGGAUAUUGGAAUCAAAACAAAAGCAAAGGAAGUUAAAGUUGAGGAUAAAUCAAGUGCAGACAGUGAUAUUUAUGAGUUUAAAGAUACUGAAGAAGUCGUUCCUAAAUCAACGGUUGUGAAAAAACAAGAAUCACCAAAUGAAGGUCCAGCAAAGAAGCAGCAGUUGGCACAACAAAGAAAGCAAGCAAGGCAAAAUUUACAGCAACAACAAAAGGAAGUUCAAGUCGAGAAUGCUAUGGAAGAUAUUGAAAGUAUGAUAAAGACAUCGAUUGUCUCAUUCCCACAAAGUAAAAAGGCAAAAAAAUCUCCAAUAAAAGAGGAAAAACAACCAUCUCAGUCAAUGAUUGUAGCUAGAACAACUUCAGCACAGCCAACAACAUCACAAAAUGUAAUUGUUCAAUCAGCAUGGAGUAGCAUAACUAAUCCACAAGAAAUUUUCCCCAAAAUGAAUGUCGUUCAAAAUCCACAAUUAAUUCAGUCACAGACACCAAUUCAAGUACAAGUACCGUCGAGACAACCAGUCAUAAAAUCAGAAUCGACAUUUGAUGUCUUAAGGAAAUCUCCAAGUUUUAAUAUGCAUCUCAUGGAUGACUUGCCAUCUCCACCAAAAAUCAUACAAUAUCCAAUUUCAAGUCCAUCAACUAUUUUGCCAUCAACAUCUGUUAUUACAGCAUCACCAAUUGCGACCAGAACGAGCAUUUUACAAGGUCCAUUAAAGUUUAGCAGUGAAAUUGAUAGCCGAGAUCUUUUAAAGCCAAUUAUGCUUCCAAGUAAGGAAGAUGAGAAGCCAGAAGUUGGUGCAUUGAUGAAAAUUCUCGAUCAGCCUUAUGAAAUUCCACCAAAAGCUGAAAAAUCUACGUCUAUUGCUGAUAAACUUCUUAAAGCUAUUAAUCAGAAAGAAUCUAGUGAAAAGGAGAAUCCAACAGUUGAUAUGAUUAAGAAAGAAGAGUUUCAUCCAGUUGUUAAGAUUGAGGAACGUAAAAGUGAUCCUUAUUUAUAUAAAGCAAAAUCUCCAGCAAGUAGUGUCGGUAAACAAUAUCCAAUUAGUACAACAUCAAGUAGUUCCGCAUUAAAUACAUCAAAAAAGCCACUUUUAAUAUCAACAGAAUCAAAAAGUGAAGAAAAAAUUCCAAUUAAAGGCAAUACUGAACUUCAGGGAAUUAUUGAGAAACUAGAAAGUGCCAUUUCCACACCAGCCAUUACUUUACUUGAGACAGCAUGCAAUCCACAAUUGUCAAUAGUCAAAAAGUCAAAUGAUGAUAGUGACACAGAUUCCGAUCGACUUGUUAUUGAAGAUGAAACUGCACCGACAGAAAGUACUGAGAAGAAAAAGAGUCAAAUGGGCGUAUUGGAAUCGAUUAUGAUGCAAGAUGAUGUCCCUUAUAAAACACUAAGUUCUCAAAAUGUUAAGGAAUCUGAGAAGAAAAUUGAUUCAAGUAGUCAGGAACAGCAACCAAGUGAAACAAUGUCACUUUUAUUGUGUGAAGAAACCAUACCUGGAAGUCCAGCACCAAAAGAUCCAUUAAGUGAGAUUGGAAGAAGUCCAACGUCGUCGUCAAGUGGCGGUUUUGUUCAUCCACCAUCGAUGCCUCAAAGUGGCUACAGUAUAAAAUAUCCUGGAACUAUGACAACUGCAUUAUUACAUCAACAAUAUCAAGCAACAGCUGCAAAUACACAUCAGACUAAUCUUAAACAAAUUCCUAUGGAUAUUGAUACUGACAGCAUAGAAGCAGCAACUGGCGAUAUUUUACGUGAUAAAUUGAAAUCUGAGCGAGGAAGUGCUACAAGCAGUGGAAACAACACCAACAAUAAUUCAGACAAUUCGAAUGAUGAUCAGUCUGAAAGUGAGAAAAACACUAAACCAGAUACCACACCACGAAAGAAGAGGAGAUCGUUAAAAACUGAGCCUGAAUCGCAACAAAAGAGACGAAGGCAACAGACAAGAACACAAACUAAUGUUCGAGGCAACCUUCAAGGAAAUGAUUCAGACAGCAAUGACAAUUCAGAUGUUAAUCUCUUUACUACAAGAAGUCAUGUAGAAAGUGGAACCAAUAAAAAUCAAUUCCACUUUUUAGUUGAACUUGAUCCAAACAUGCCGACAGCACAGCGCAUCAAUGUUCUCGAAAAAAAGAUCCAGGAUCUAAGGAAAGCAUAUUUGUUGAUAAAAAAUGAAAUGAGUGCGAAAGAAAGAAGGCGUAAAAAGAUGAGGAAGCGUGAACGUGAAAAUAAGCAAAAGGCUUCAAAAACUGCUGCAUAGAAAGUUUAAUUAGACUAGAACAACUACUGAUAAUGAAGAAAUAACUCAUUUAAAAAAUGUCACUAAGUUGCAAUUAGAUUUUAUAUGAAUAUUUUUAUAGAUUGAUAAUAUUUUUUAGGGAUUAGGGUAUGUUUUCGAGCAUUUUGUCCUUAUAACGUACAGUUUAUAGCGAGACUUUUUUUUAUGAUUGACGAUAAAGAUGUUCUUAAAAAGUGUAUUUAAGAGAUUUCUCUAUUUUUAAAGUAUUGACUCAAUAAAAUGAAUUAUAAAUUUA